AUGGAAGUCAAUGGUGAACCAGAUAUAGCUGGUAUUUUCAGCGCGGCUUUAAUGCCAUUGAAAGAUAUGAAACAUGCAGAUAUUUUGGACCAGUAUGAAAUGAACAUGGCUGAUGGAAAUAUAACACCUGACGUUCUAGAACAUUUAUCUCAAAGAACUACACAGAACCAUAGAGAUGGUAUAUUUGGUGAAGAGUUUAGAAAGAAAGUUAGGGAGAGCGAAGGAAGAGAACCUAUUGUACAUGACCUUGCAAAUGAAAGUUUACAAAAUGUCAUAAAAACUUACUUUGCAGACAAUGAACUGAGAAGGGAUGAAUAUUAA